AUGAAACUGGCGAUUAAGUGGGGAAGGAGUCGAAAUGUUGAAAAGGGAUAUUCCUCCGGCUCAUUUCAUAUUUAUGAUCCGUUCCGCUCCUUUUCUUUACUCUCUGAAACAGGGAAUGAGCAACAUGAAUCUGGAAUUUUCGAGGCCUGGGAUAAAAAAUGGAAGUUAUGUGUUUAUCCCAAGGGAAAAAAGAAGAAUGGAGAUGGUUAUAUCUCCCUCUACUUACAAAUUGUUGAUAUUGAUGAUUAUCCAGUGGGAUGGGAGGUUAAUGUGAAGUUUAGUUUCUUUGUUUAUGAUCAUGUUCAUGAUAAAUAUUUGGUCGUCCAAGAUGUUGGAGGAAAAGUGAGGCGGUUUCACUAUAUGAAAACUCAAUGGGGCUUUGAUCAACUACUUCCCUUGUCCACUUUUAAUAAUCCCUCUAAUGGAUAUCUGGUUAAUGACACGUGUGCAUUUGGAGCUGAGAUUUUUGUCAUUAAUUCCAAUGCUACAAAACGCGAAUGUCUUUCGAUGGUGAAAGAUCCAACAACCAAAACUUACACAUGGAGAAUAAACAACUUCGCUUCAGAAAAGGACAAACUUGUCAUAUAUUUCGAUGAGUUCACCAUUGAAGGAAGCAAAUGGUACCUCUACUAUAUAUACGUUGUGCCCUUUUACUUUUAA